AUGGCGUCGUCACCAUCCUCCGCCUUGACGGGCGUCAUCAUCGGUCUGGUGUCCUCAUUUGGCUCCAUCGUCCUCAUCUUCCUCAUUGUAUUCAUCUUCUGGGCAUCUGGAUGCGCUGGCUCAGGCCGAAUCAUUCUCGACCGCAUCGGCCGACCCGGUGAAUAUGACGAUGAGCAGGCAUUUGCAAGGGAAGAGGCUGAGGCCUUGGAGAAUAUGGACGACAUGUCCAGGACCGAGUAUCUGAGGGCUAAAGCAUUUGUUACUGCGAACCCUCCCGAAUCCGCGCAAACAGACAUCUCGCUCUCACAGUACCUUGCUAUUCAAGAAAAGGGUGUCUCUGCCUGGGAAUUUGAACCCGAACUGGAAAUUGCGAAUUGCUUCGUCGAGGCCCGAACCGAAAUUGAAUUCUUCGACUCCGAAUGCACCGUCAUGAGCAAUUUGCCUGUGCCCAAGCAGAAUGACGUCUACUACUGGGAAGCCAAGGUUUACGACAAGCCCGAAAACACACUGAUUGCCAUCGGUAUGGCCACCAAGCCAUACCCUCUCUUUAGAUUACCAGGCUACCACAAGUAUUCUGUCGCCUAUCAUUCAAACGGCUCGCGUCACUACAACCAGCCAUUCAGCCGAACUCCAUAUGGUCCCCACAUUGUCACCGGCGAUGUUAUUGGUGUCGGAUACAGACCACGGACAGGCGUCAUCUUCUUCACACGCAACGGGAAGAAGCUCGAAGAGGUUGUUCAUGGCUUAAAGUCCCAAAACUUCUUCCCAGCCAUCGGAGCAAACGGCCCCGCUUCAGUCCACGUCAAUUUCGGUCAAUCUGGUUUCGUCUUCAUCGAGGCAAAUGUCAAGAAAUGGGGCCUGGCCCCUGUCACGGGCAGUUUGGCUCCUCCGCCUCCGUACGGUUCUGAGCAAGGCAGCAUUCUCCUGGAAACUGGUACCAAAGACGGCUUUUCGUAUUCACAAGGUCGCGCUCAUCGACACUCCGUGAGCGGCACACCGUACAACGUCCGAGCUGCCGAAAAUGACUUGAACCUGAACGUACAGCACGGUCGAUCACGGAGCGGAAAUUUCAGAGUUCUUCCUCCAACUAGCCCCGGUCCCGUCCGAAGUCCAACCGAUAUCUCCCUUGCCCAACUCGUACCAUCGGAUGAGCAUGGUGAGCCUAGUAGCAGCAGCACGAAUCUCGCCGAUGAGCAACAUUUGGAUCAGAAUCCCCUCCAUCUCCAUCUUGAAGACGCCACCAACCCGCCGCCCGAUUACUCAAGUCCAAGGCUCCAUCAGGGCCGUAAUCGACAAUACAGCAGCGACAGUGAAGAGGAGGAAUACACCCCUCUCAUCCAUGUUAUGAACCGCAGUAGAGGCGAAUCAUCCGCGACAAUACGGCCUGCAGGACACGGCCAACCGGCUUUACCCGAGGAUCCGGUUCCAAGCUACAGCGACGCGAUACAACAGGGGGCGAGCCCACUACGCCGUGAAAGAAGCGACAGUUCUGAAUCUGACGGCUCAAAUCACAGCUCGAAUAGCGGAACUUCAUCAAGCUAA